AUGAGAGCUAAAUGUGCAGAUCCGUGUAAGUGGUACAUUUAUGCUAGCCACGUUCCUGCUUUGGGUACUGAAGACUUUGUAGUUAAAACAAUUUACGAUGUCCACACCAAUUGCAGCCAUGCUUGGAGAAACAAAAACAUGACAUCCAAUUGGGUAGCCGACAAGUUUGAAGAGUCUGUUAGAUCCAACAUGAACAUGCCUGUUAGGCAAUUGUUACAGAGCAUAGAUGAGCAAUAUAGUUGCGAGAUCACAAGAAACAAAGGUUACAAAGCACUUGCAAUGGCUAAGGCUGCUAUCAAAGGGUCAGCAUCUCAGCAGUAUAUUGAUGUUGGGAGGUACACAUCAGAACUACAAAAAACUCACCCUGACACCACUAUAGACAUCAAGUAUUCACCAAGAGCUGAUCCUGAAAGUAAUCCCAGAUUCAUGAGAUUUUACUGCUGUCUGGGACCAUUGAAAAAGGGAUUUAGAGAGGGAUGUAGGCCCCUUAUUGCUCUUGAUGGCUGUCACACUAAGGGGGCAUAUCCAGGGCAGUUGUUGACUGCUAUUGGGGCAGAUCCAAAUAAUGGUUGGUGGCCAUUAGCUUGGACAGUUGUUGAGAAGGAGGCUCGGGAACAAUGGCUUUGGUUUUUGAAUUUACUGAUUGGUGAUCUAGAAAUACCAGCAACUAGUAGUGAAUACACUUUUAUUUCAGACCAACAGAAGGGUCUUGAUAGUGCACUGCUGGAGUUAUUACCAGAAGUUGGCCAUAGAUAUUGUGUACAGCAUAUGUACAGAAAUUUCAAGAAAAAGCACCCUGGUGAAGUGUUUAAAGAAAAAUUCUGGAGCAUUGCAGUAGCAUCAACAGUAGAGUUCUAUGAGGCAGCGUUGGAAGAGCUUAGAGCAUAUGACCAGCAAGCUCACGCGUGGGUCAAGAGAGCUGCACCACCUCAUCACUGGUGUAAGGCUUUUUUUUCACUUCACAUGAAAUCUGACAUGCUGGUUAAUAAUUUAUCAAAGACAUUUAAUUCUCAUAUAUUAAAUGCUAGAGAGUUGCCAGUGAUUGGGAUGGUUGAGUGGAUUAGACAAUUCAUAAUGGAAAGGAUAUCAAAUAGGGUGUAUUGGAUGAGAAAAUAUAGUGGUCCUGUGGGACCAGCAAUAAAGGCUUUGAUUGAGGAGAGGGAAAAGUUUUCUAGGAAGUGGAAGUCAAUAUCAAAUGGAAAAGGGGGAUAUCAGGUUAGGGGACCUAAGGGGGAACAAUUUGCUGUGUACUUAAGAGACAGAACCUGUACAUGCAGGUUGUGGCAAAUUAGUGGGCUCCCCUGCUGCCAUGCAAUUUUUGCCAUUUUAAAAAUUGGUAGGAACUCAAAUGACUAUGCCGAUCAGUGUUAUAGUAGAGAUCUAUUCUUUCAAAUAUAUGAGAAUGUACUAUAUCCAAUUAGUGGAAAGUCUCUAUGGUCUCAGAGUGAUAUUCCCAUAUUAGAUCCUCCACUUGCAUGCGUCCAACCUGGUAGGCCCAAGAAAGCAAGAAGAAAAGAUAGUUCUGAAAAUAGAAGUGGUGUUCAUGUGCGAACGAAUAAUGUGCAAAAAUUAAGAAAGCAUGUGAUCAUGCACUGUAGAAGAUGUGGUCAGGCAGGCCACAAUGCUGCUACCUGCAAAAGUGUUCCAGAAAAUAAUGGAGGUGAAGGCUGCAGUCAACCUGCUCCAGCUCCUAAACAUGCUAGAAAGUCAAAAGGCACCAACAAUGGCUCAAGCACAGCACAUGGAGCUAAUUCUCAGGAGCCUGAUUUUGCUCAUGUGGAAGUUCAAGGAUAUUCUUCAAGUUGUGUCAAUUCUCAGCCACAUGGAGCUGAAGAGCAAACUACUUCCCAUAAUGACACUAGUUCACAUGCUGAACGUAAUGCACAAGCUGCCACUAGUAGUACGAAAAAGCAGCAGAUUAGAAAGACUAAGACACCUGUGAGGAGAGUUAGGCCUGUCAAUGAUACCGACCAGUCUACUACAGCGGCCAACAAACAGUCUCUUCAUUCAAAAAGAAAGCUGUCUGAAAUUGACAAGAUAAGGAUCAACACCAACUAUGAGUACUUGGGCAAAGAGCCUCCAUUCAAGAUUGGUAGAUGGGCUGGAACAUCAAGGAGCAGUAGAAGUGGAAGUGGAAGAUCAGAUUAA